CUCAAGGGAGGAAGUGACUUUCACAACAUCUGGUCUCAGCUGUUGCAGCUGCGUGAACAUGGCAAAUGGCGACGACGGGAUGCAGCUCUGGAGGCUUCUUCUUCUGCUACUGCUGAUGCUUCAGCCUGGUGUGCUGGGCCAGAGGAUCCACUAUGGAGACCCCAGCUGUGCUGUCAAAGGCUCCACAGUCACCAUCCUCUGCUCCUUCACUUGGACACACCAGAUCAUCAGAGUCCGCUGGUGUGUCAAUCAUUUGAUCUGUCAGGGCUCGACUCCAUCUGUAUAUGACAGCAGACAACCUGGGCUUCACCCUCGCUAUCGCUACCUGGGGGACAAGACAGGAAACUGCACCCUGCAGAUCACAGAUGUUCAGCAUGAGGACAGCACCACCUUCCGCUUCAGGAUGGAGGCUCAAAAUAAUACAGGACACUUUACGGGUCAAAAUGGAGCGAACGUCAUAGUGACAGGUGAUACUCGGAUGAAGAUCAGCUCAUCCAGAGACACCUGGAGAGUCGGAGACACCAUCGUGCUGAGCUGCUCCAGUGACUGCACCUUCCAUGACCUGCAAAUCAUGUGGAGGAAAGACAACCUAACCAUCCCGAGAGAGACCGGCCCCUCCCUGACUCUUGAGUCCCUCACUGAGGCGGACUCAGGAAGCUACACUUGCAGUCUGAAGAGCCUGUUCUGGACCAGGUCUGACGUGUUCUCCCUGCAGUUGCAACCUGCAGAGCCAGGUUCCCCGCUGCCUCUGGUCCUGGGUGUCCUGGCUGGAGUCCUGCUGGUUGCAGGGACAGUUCUGCUGGUCUUCCUCACCAUCAGAAGGAAGCGCUCUGCAGCAGAUGCACCAAAGGAAGGAGGAAAGAUGGAGGCGUUCCUCCCCAGGAACCUGAAGUCGUCUACAGUGGUGUUACGGCGGUCAGCACGGCGAAGGGCCAGAAAAAGCGUAGGUCCAUGGAGGAAGGCUUGGAGGUCGCCUAUGCCACAGUCCAGUUCAAAUCCCACAGUGCAGCGGCAUCGACAGCUGAGUCCGUCAUCUACUCCUCUGUGGCAACUCGGCGCUGAAUGUCCCCCUCGGACAGACGACCCCUUCUCCCAGGAAGGACCGAAUCCUGAAAGUGUUAUUUUAUUGAUUUUCAUUUCCAUUAUUUUGCUUUGGCCUCAGCAGUAGCUAGUCAUCGUCCUCUGGUUCUCUGCGCUCACUGACAAGGAAAGCAAAGACCCAAGCAACACAUGACCUCCUGCUCCUGCCUUGGUCGAUUCCCCUGGUCUCUUCUGUAAAGAUACAAAUAAAAAAACAUCUUCACCGGG